CGCUCUCUUUCAAACACACACACACAUACACACACACUUUCUCACUCCUUUCUCUUUUCAAAAGCCCCUUGUGAGGCAGAUUGACAGGCUAGAAUGAAAAUGAGGCGGACGCUCGGUCACGACUUCAGUGCGUACGCGUCCUUUUGAGAAGACCUCUAAACUUGGAUCAUAUCACCAUGGGAGCUAUUUGGGCUGCAAGGGACUUUUGUUUGUUUUUGCUCUUGUUAAAUAGUCGCCAAAGCGCAGCGCUUCCAGAGAUUCGAGCAGAUCCUUGUGCAGAGGGAAGUGAUGGCUGUCACAUUGAUGCAAUUUGUCAGACUACCCAAGGCUCAUACAAGUGCACGUGUAAAGCAGGCUUUAAAGGAGAUGGAAAACACUGUGAAGACACUGAUGAAUGCGACUUGGAGUACAAUGGUGGCUGCGUACAUGAGUGCAACAAUAUACCAGGCAAUUAUCGCUGCACUUGUUAUGACGGAUUCAAUUUGGCUCAUGACGGACAUAACUGCCUGGAUGUGGAUGAGUGCGAGUUCAACAAUGGUGGGUGCCAGCACACUUGUGUCAACACCAUGGGCAGCUACGAGUGCCGCUGCAAAGAGGGCUUCUUCCUCAGCGACAACCAGCACACAUGCAUCCACCGCUCCGUGGAGGGCCUCAACUGUAUGAAUAAGGAGCACGGCUGCGCCCACAUCUGCAAAGAGACACCCAAAGGAGGUGUGGCCUGUGAGUGUCGUCCAGGUUUCGAGCUGGCCAGGAACCAGAGAGGCUGCAUCUUAACUUGUAACCAUGGCAACGGAGGCUGCCAGCACACAUGCGAGGACACAGAGAACGGUCCCAUAUGCAGGUGUCACCCGAGGUACACCCUGCAACCUGACAAGAGGUCGUGUGUAGAACGAGAUGAAGCCACCACCGAGUCCUCAGACCACAACGCCACGUCCUUUACUGAGGUGGACAAACGGGUCAAGCGAAGGCUGCUAAUGGAAACCUGUGCUGUUAACAAUGGGGGGUGUGACUGCACCUGCAAAGACACAUCCACAGGCGUGCGAUGCAGCUGCCCUGUUGGCUUCACACUGCAGCCGGAUGGAAAAACAUGCAAAGAUAUUGAUGAGUGUGAGCUUCACAACGGCGGUUGUGAUCACUUCUGCAGGAACACCAUCGGCAGCUUCGAGUGCAACUGCAGAAAAGGCUUCAAGCUGCUGACAGAUGAACGUUCUUGUCAAGAUAUAGAUGAGUGUUUUUUUGAGCGGACAUGCGAUCACACGUGUGUGAACUCCCCCGGUGGUUUUCAGUGUCUGUGCAACAAAGGCUACACCAUGUAUGGACUGGCCCACUGCGGAGAUAUAAAUGAAUGCAGUGUGAACAAUGGCGGUUGUGAGCAUGGUUGUGAGAACACCAUGGGUGGAUUUGAAUGCUUUUGCCAUCCUGGCUAUAAGCUACACUGGAACAAAAAGGACUGCAUUGAGGCUGAGGGUUUACCACCUGCAAAACCCCCCUCUAAACCCACCUUGAACUGUAGUAAGCAGGAGGGAGGGGACCGCUGCUUCCUGACAUGCCAGUCCCAAGUUCAUAUCAGCAGUGGGAUGGAGGAUUCCUACACGGUGACCUGUGGAAUGCCCCUGCCCUGCUUGGCUGACGCACAAAAGAACAACAGUGGCUUGUAUUGCUUAGGUCCAGAAAUGGCCAGUGUUCCACGCAUUAAGACCACAGCUACUUUUAAGUCUGGCACUGGGAAGUGCAACUUGAAACGAAGUCAGGAGAAACUCAAGGAGAGCUUAAACUCGGCACACUCAGAUAGCAGGUCCCUCUUCACUGAAAAUGUCCAGUUCAGCUAUGUGAGCCUGCGCUGCACCUCAUCUGGGCAGCGAACGCGCAGCCGCCAUGGCAGGAAAGCUGGCGAAGAGGACGGCUCCUCGAUCACAGCUGAGUUUGAGCUGGAUGUGAACCUAGAGGAGGUAACAGCAGAGAGCUGUGACCUGAACUGUGUGCGCCGACGCUCGGAAAAGAGGCUCAGGAAGACCAUCCGGACCCUGAGGAAGUCCAUCAACCGGGAACAGUUCCAUCUCCACUUUGCCGGGUCCGACUACGAGCUGUCCAAGAAUCCGGACCAGCCGGCUGAGCUGGCUGGACACUGUGUGGGAGGACAGGUGCCGAUGGGCAGGAAGUGUGUGAGCUGCAGCGUUGGGACUUACUAUGAUGGGGAACAGGGAAGGUGUGUGUUGUGUCCAGCUGGGACGUAUCAGGAUGAGGAGGGACAGAUGUCCUGUGAGGUCUGUCCUGCACCUGAAGGAAGAGAAGUCUCCAAGGUGGUCGGAGCUCGAAACAUGUCAGAGUGUGGAGGUCAGUGUUCCCCAGGUCAGUACUCUCAUGACGGCUUCACCCCCUGCCUGCCCUGUCCGCUGGGAACGUACCAGCCAGAGGUGGGCCGCACCUCCUGCUUCCCCUGUGGCGGGAACCUGAUCACCAAGCGCAGUGGUGCUGUUACCUUUCAGGAGUGUGAGACCAAAGUCCAGUGCUCUCCAGGACAUUACUACAACACCAGCACACAUCGCUGCAUCCGCUGUCCAAUGGGCACAUAUCAGGGAGAGUUUGGCCAGAACUACUGUGUGGCCUGCCCGGGAAAUACCACCACUGACUUUGAUGGCUCAACUAACAUCAUGCAAUGUAAAAACAGACAAUGUGGAGGAGAGCUUGGAGAUUUUACUGGCUACAUCGAGUCCCCCAACUACCCGGGGAACUAUCCAGCCAACAUCGAAUGCACUUGGACCAUCAACCCACCACCCAAACGCAGGAUCCUUAUUGUUGUCCCAGAAAUCUACCUGCCUAUUGAGGAUGAGUGUGGAGACUACUUAGUAAUGAGAAAAAGCUCUCUGUCCAACUCUGUGACAACCUACGAGACUUGUCAGACAUACGAACGUCCCAUCGCCUUCACUUCCCGCUCAAAGAGACUUUGGAUACAGUUCAGGUCCAAUGAGGGAAACAGUGGGAAAGGCUUCCAGGUCCCAUAUGUGACAUAUGAUGAGGACUACCAAGAAUUAAUAGAAGACAUAGUCAGAGAUGGAAGACUAUAUGCUUCAGAGAAUCACCAGGAAAUUCUUAAGGACAAGAAGCUCAUGAAGGCAUUGUUUGAUGUGCUGGCUCACCCACAGAACUUCUUCAACUAUACGGCUCAAGAAUCAAGAGAAAUGUUCCCUAAAUCCUUCAUCCGCUUUCUGCGUUCCAAAGUCUUAAGAUUCCUUCGCCCUUAAGAAGGGUUCCCACUGGGUUUCUGGAUUUUUCAUGAUAAGCUUAGAUUAGAUACUGGCCACAGUGUCUGCUUUUUUCCACUGACCCCUUUAAGAGUAUUCUUUAGUUAUCUGUUUUCACACGGGGUGGUACUAGAGUGGACCACAAUCUUGAUAAAACUGAUCCUGAUGGGGAAGUUGACAAGCGGACCAGUCAAGCAAGUGAACUUUUAACUGGAGCUUUAAGAGGGUGAAAAGCGAUCAGUGA